CUGACAAGUUUUAUUGCGUAACCACAGGGGCAGAGUUCUCUCACGUGUUAUCAGGACAAACUGCAGAACAGCAAACAGUCUUCUACACGUUUUCGAAGACUCGUUAAAAGUGUGAAGAUGUCAGCCCAAAUCAUCAGCGGGAAGAAUGUUUCAGCUCAGCUCAGAGAGAGGCUGAAGAAUGAGGUGGAUGCCAUGAGGACUACACACCCAAAUUUUAAACCAGGUCUUGUAGUCUUACAGGUGGGAGACAGAGAGGACUCUAACCUGUACAUAAGUAUGAAGCUGAAAGCCGCUGCUGAGAUUGGAAUCAAUGCUGUACAUGUGAAGCUUCCACAGACCGCUACUGAAAAUGAGAUUAUGUCCAGGGUUCAUGAAAUCAAUGAGAAUUCCAGUGUUCAUGGACUCAUAGUGCAGCUGCCCCUCGACUCCAUUCACACUAUUAAUACAGAGAGGGUCAUCAACGCUGUGUCUCCAGAGAAAGAUGUUGAUGGGUUGACCAGUAUAAAUGCAGGAAAACUUGCCCGUGGUGAUAUUGGAGACUGUUUUAUACCAUGUACUCCGAAAGGAUGCAUGGAGCUCAUCAAACAAACAGGUGUGCCUUUGGCGGGAAAAAGGGCUGUGGUGAUUGGCCGCAGUAAGAUUGUGGGUGCACCAAUGCAUGACCUUCUUCUUUGGAAUCAUGCUACUGUGACAACCUGUCAUUCCAAGACUGCAGACCUGCCCUCUGAGGUGAGAAUGGCAGACAUCCUGGUGACUGCGAUUGGAAAACCAGAGAUGGUUCGAGGAGACUGGCUAAAGAAGGGAGCCGUGGUCAUUGACUGUGGUAUUAACACCGUCCCUGACAGCAGCAGACCUAGCGGAAAGAAAGUCGUUGGGGACGUUCACUAUGAUUCUGCCAAAGAUCAUGCUGCAUUUAUCACACCUGUACCUGGAGGUGUCGGCCCUAUGACCGUAGCCAUGCUUAUGGAGAACACAGUUUUGAGUGCCAAACAAUUCCUUCAAGCAAAAGAACCAGGGAAGUGGAACAUAAGUUACACAAAACUCAACCUGCAAUGCCCUGUUCCAAGCGAUAUUGUCAUCUCUCGCUCCUGUGUACCCAAACCCAUUGAGCAUCUUAGUAAGGAAAUUGGUAUUUUUCCGGAUGAGCUUGAACUUUAUGGUGAAACCAAGGCCAAAGUCCAGCUGAAAAUGCUUGAUCGGCUGCAGGCACAACCAAAUGGCAAAUAUGUGGUUGUAACUGGAAUCACACCGACUCCUCUGGGUGAAGGAAAGAGCACAACUACCAUAGGCUUGGUUCAGGCACUCGGUGCUCAUCUCAAACAUAAUGCAUUUGCGUGUGUUCGCCAACCAUCACAAGGGCCAACAUUUGGCAUCAAAGGUGGUGCUGCUGGAGGGGGCUACUCUCAAGUUAUUCCUAUGGAAGAGUUCAAUCUUCAUUUGACUGGUGACAUUCAUGCUAUAACAGCAGCCAAUAACUUGGUUGCUGCUGCAAUUGAUGCUCGUAUCUUCCAUGAAGCCACUCAAUCUGAUAAGGCUCUCUUUAAUCGCUUGGUACCAUUGACUGAUGGUCAGAGAAAGUUUUCUCCAGUCCAGACCAACAGACUUAAAAAUCUUGGCAUAGAAAAAAAUGACCCCAGCACAUUAACAGAGAAGGAGAUCUCGUCCUUCGUCAGGCUAGACAUUGACCCUGAAACCAUCAGCUGGCAGCGAGUGGUGGACACAAAUGAUCGUUUCCUGAGACAAAUAACCAUUGGCCAGUCUCCAACUGAGAAGGGUUUCACCAGAACUGCUCAGUUUGACAUCACCGUGGCCAGUGAGAUUAUGGCAGUUUUAGCUCUUACCACUAGUCUGGAGGAUAUGAGACAGAGGCUAUCGAAAAUGGUGGUGGCCAGCAGCCGCAGCGGUCAGCCUGUCACCACAGAGGAUUUGGGAGUGUGUGGAGCUUUGACUGUACUCAUGCGAGAUGCUAUCAAACCCAACCUCAUGCAGACACUUGAGGGAAAUCCUGUGUUUGUUCACGCUGGACCUUUUGCAAACAUUGCACAUGGAAACUCAUCAAUCCUGGCUGAUAAAAUUGCUCUGAAACUAGUUGGGCCUCAGGGAUUUGUGGUCACUGAAGCAGGUUUUGGAGCAGAUAUUGGGAUGGAGAAGUUUUUCAACAUCAAGUGUCGUUAUUCUGGCCUCAGGCCUCAUGUUGUGGUUCUGGUUGCCACGGUUCGAGCACUAAAGAUGCAUGGAGGUGGACCCAAGGUCACGGCAGGUAUGCCUCUGCCAAAAGAGUAUGUUGAGGAGAAUCUGGCACUGCUGGAAGCUGGAUGUGGUAACAUGAAGAAGCAAGUGCAGAAUGCUCAACUUUUUGGAAUUCCUGUAGUUGUAGCUGUCAAUGCGUUCAAGACCGACACAGAUUCUGAAGUAGAUCUGGUCUGUAAAUUGGCUAAAGAAGCAGGGGCAUUUGAUGCUGUGAAGUCUUCUCACUGGGCUGAUGGAGGUGCCGGUGCUGUUGAUCUUGCCAGAGCAGUGGAAAAAGCUGCAGAGUCACCCAGUUCUUUCAAAUUGCUUUAUGAUACUGAGCUACCCAUUGUAAAUAAGAUCAGAAUUAUUGCGCAAAAGAUCUAUGGUGCAGAUGACAUUGAACUCUUGCCAGAGGCCCAACAGAAAGUGGACCUGUACAACAAACAGGGUUUUGGAAAUUUACCCAUAUGCAUGGCAAAGACCCAUCUGUCUCUCUCACAUGAUGCUGAAAAGAAAGGUGUCCCAACUGGCUUUAUCCUUCCCAUCCGUGACAUUCGUGCCAGUGUAGGGGCAGGCUUUCUCUACCCACUGGUUGGCACAAUGCCAACUAUUCCAGGCCUUCCAACUCGUCCCUGUUUCUAUGACAUUGAUCUUGACCCUGAGAGUGGAAAUAUAGUUGGUCUGUUCUAAAUGACCCAUUUUUAAUUAGGGAAUGUAAUGAUCCUUGUAAUUUUGCUAAGCAUAAUGUUACAUUAAUAUUGUACAUGUCUUUGAUUAAUAUUGAGGUUUAUGGUGGUCUGCACAGGACUGCUUUAAAUGUAAUAAAUAACUUAAUUUCUCUCAUAACAUAUUUUACAGUUAUUGUUAACAUCUGCCAACUUAUCAUGAAUGUUAUUCCAUUAACUACAUUUCUAAUAAUUGUUACUUGAUUGGACCAGAAAAUAAAGGAUUACAUGGCUA